AUGGGGAGCACGGUCUCCACGCUUUGUCCGCUUGUCGAUUUCUAUGACUCGGAGGACUUCGACAGCAUUUACGAGGUAGAUGAGAGCAAUUGCAUCGGCACCGGCAAGUUUGCUGUCGUUCACCUAUGCAACCGCAAAAAUCAACCUGAAAAGAAGUACGCACUGAAAGUCAUAAACACGCGCGUUGGUGAUAUGGCCAGCUUGAAUCGAAUUCACGAGGAAAUCAGCAUCCUCCAAACGCUUGGAAAUCAUCCAGGCCUGGUGUCUCUCAUUGACGUGGACGAGUCUCUGCCGGGAGCCAUCCGUUUGGUGCUUGAGCUCUGCGAAGGGGGUGAGCUCUAUGACCGCAUUCAGCAGAAGCAGUACUACCCAGAGCAGGAGGCCAAAGCUGCUGUGCGAUGUCUGCUGGAAGCAGUGGCAUACAUCCACAGCCACGGCAUUAUGCACAGGGAUCUGAAGCCUGAAAACAUCCUCCUGGCCAGCCGCGUGAGCAACACAGAGCUGAAGAUCUCUGACUUCGGGCUGGCAAAGAUGUCCAAGGACUACCCUCGCCGCUUGCCACGCUCUCACUCCAUUUGCGGUUCGGACUUCUACCUGGCGCCGGAGGUGAUCAAGCAAGAGGAGUAUGGCCGAGAAAUCGACAUCUGGGCGCUGGGAGUCAUCACCUACGUCUUGCUCAGCGGAUCCUUGCCCUUCUUUCACAACGUCUUGCACAAACUGUACCGCCAAAUUGUUGAGAGGGACCUGAGCUUUCCGGAUCAGGCCUGGAAGAACGUCUCCAAGGGUGCCUUGGACUUCAUCCUCAGGCUCUUGCAGGUCCGGCCAGGGGACCGUCUUACCGCGGACCAGGCACUAAGCCACCCUUGGCUCCGAAAUGGUUCCAGCGCGGCAAGCUUCAACAGCUUCACUACUGCCAAUAGUCAGGGUAUGGCGCCCACGGCAAACUACUACAACACCUACGGCGGCUACGGUGGAAUGCCUCGCCCAGUGCUACAUCCGCUGGAGCAUGCGAGAAAGGUGUGA